AAAAAAUGGCAGAUCAAUAAUAAGCUGAAUAUUUGAACUUAAAAGUUAAAUCUCAAGAUGGAGAGGAAGUAUUCUUCAAGAUCAAAAAAUAAACUCAAUUCAAGAAAUUGAUGGAUGCUUAUUGCUCAAGAUAAAAUGUAUGUAUUGAAGUAAAUAUUUAGCUUCAAAUUUAAAAUGUGAGAUUCUUAUUUGAUGGAGAAAGAAUAUUAGAAACAUAAACUCCAGCUGAUGUAAAAGAUAUAGAAUAUAUUAUAGAUUGGUAUGGAGACAGGAGAUGAAAUUGAUGUUGUUAUAGAGUAAGUAGGGGGCAUGAAAUAUGUGUGAAU